AUGUCUCGAUUUAUCACCAGCUUUGCCCAGAUUGCCGCACCGCUGCGACAGUUAACGAAGUCAACUUCAACCUUCCAGUGGGGACCUAUAGAACAGGAAGCUUUCGAUAGCUUGAGGAGCAGUUUGACGGAGAAAACAACCCUUUCCUACAUUGUUCCCGAAAGACCGAUAAGAAUCUACGUAGAUGCGGGAAAGAAAACAGAUAAAUCGAGCAACGUUCCUGGGGGACUAUGUGCCAUUUUAUGCCAGCAAGAUGACGACGGACAGUGGAAAAUGUGUCACGUAGCAAAACCGUGCCCUAACUGACGUUGAGGCAAGAUACGGACAGACUGAGUUAGAAGCAGCUGCGAUCAAGUUUGCUUGUGCUGACGCCCUUUAUAUGUACUUGGUUGGAGCGCCAAAGUUUUAAAUCUUUACGGAUUCCAAACCGCUUGUACAUCUCUUCAACAAUCCAACCUCAAGAGCACCACUCCGUAACGAGCGACAAAUUCUCGCCAUUCAAGGUUUAGACUAUGUGAUCAAGUAUAAAAAAGGAGCUGAGAAGAUCGCGGAUUAUGGAUCAAGACACCUGACGAAGAGACAUGAUGAUGUUCCCAUGGUGAAGUUUGUGAACGAGUUAGAAGAAGGAUUACGAACUUUUGUCUCUAAAGACAACGAGUACCUUUCCAGAAUGGCAAAAGACGACAAUGAUUAUCAAUUCCCAAAAGAAGUAAUUCAAAGAAACCUCUGGAAGAAACACAGAAAAGAUCCAAGAGUUUCAAGAUUCCUCGGAGUAGCGUCUGACUUAUCUGUCGUUGGAGAAAUCAUCCUGUGUAAGGACAAUGUAAAUCCACCUUUGAGCAGUCGAAGAAGAUUUCUCGAGAAAGCACACAAGAUUGGGCACUCGGGAGAGACCCGCACGCUGAAACUUCUUCAAGAAAAGAUAUGGUUUCCUGGAAUUGCCAAACUCUGUAAAGAAGCUGUACGGAAUUGUCAAAGCUGCCAAGUCACUCAUGAUCGCACAUAUGACGAGCCUCUUCAAUCAACACCAUUGCCACCAGAUCCUUGGCAUACAAUCUCUGUGGAUUUCAAGGGACCAUUCAAAGAUAGAACUUACACCCUGGUCGGAUAUGAUCUUUACAGCCGCUAUCCUGUUGUAAGCUACUGCAGAUCUACAGCGUUCUCGUGUGUGAAACCGAUCCUUGAUUCGUGGUUUUCAACAUUUGAUACAGUGAAGGAGCUGAAAUCAGAUCGAGGACCUCCAUUUAAUGGACGUGAAUUCAGUGCAUAUGCUCGCGAGAGAAGAUUCAUUCACAAACCGAUGAAACCCAGACAUUCGAAAGGAAACGGUGAAGCUGAGAAAUGUAUGCAGAACGUGAAGAAGAUGGAGAGAAUUGCGAAACAAGAAAGGAAAAAAUAUCGCUGUCUCAUUGAAGGAAUGUUAAAUGCUUACCGUGCCACACCGCAUCCUGCUACAGAAAAAAGUCCAUUCGAGCUCACGUUUGGGAGAAAAUGCGAUUUGGAGUAUUGCCAGAGAUCUCAGAAACACCCAAACAUGAUAACCACUCUGAAGUCAGACAAAAUGAUGCCUUGUAUAAGUUGA